GGAGAAUUUUAAACGUGGCCUGUGGCGGGUUUCUGCAGAUCCCAAUCGUUGAUGCGUUGAAUCUAUAUAGCCGUACCGAGGUAAUGUUGAGUUGUUAACUCGCACAGGGAAAGGUUUGCAGUGUAUAAGCCAGUUUCAUCUGACAUGACACACACCACCUGGGUUCGACUGCAAAUGAUAGAGGUUUCCAUCAGUUUAGGCGGCGGUCAUAUUUGUUUCUACUCAGUCAUCUCCUUUUUAAGGGGGACCUUUGGAGGGAAGGUUGCAGAGCUCGCUAAACACUGACCGGAAGCUUGUUCGUUUUGAAACAGCUCAUCUGAUUCGUGGGAUUUGUGGGAUUUGUUGCUGUUCAAGGGACGUCUGCGAAUCAGAACCAUCGUUUCUUGAUGAUAAACUGACAACGAAGUUCAGGGGAAAAAACAUACAGCCUAAAUGCUGCCUGGAAGCAGACGAUAUAACGAGGACUUACGUGAGGAGCACGGACAACGGGGAAAACAAAACCUCAUCAGCGGAGCUCAGACCGGAGGUGAAAGAAAAGUGGACGUGAAAUUUGACCAAGGAUUAGGAACUCGAGGGUAGCUACCGUGUACAGAAUGGCACCAAUGCAACACCACCAUCACCUCGCCGCCAUUUUCAUAUUCAGCGUACUGUCAAUGUGUCUUCUGCCUGACCUGGUUCAAGCCGUCCGUAGAGGGCCGGCCGGCACGUGCGAGGUAGGGAUCAGCUUUAUUACGGUAGAGGAGGAGUUUGAAAGUAGUGACGGGGGGUCAGUCAUCUCGUGUACGGGUACGACUACCGUGAAUCAGUGUGAGGGCGAGUGCGUUACCACCUCAACCCCAAGUGUGACUGAACCGACUGGAUACUCAAAGAUAUGCAAAUGCUGCAGGGAACAGAGCUUGAGACCGAAGCAGGUAAUGCUAAGUGAUUGCUAUGACAGCGCAGGAAACGCCAUCACUGGUCAACAAUAUCCAGUCUACGUUCCGGAGCCAGCUUCAUGUAGUUGUCAAAAAUGCUCUCGCUAAUUAACAUAAUUAGGGCCCGAUUAGGAAUCUGUAACUUUUGCCCGUGUACGAAUUUGUGCACUAGACAAACUGUAUACAUUAUAAGCUAUGUAUUUUGUUUUACAUGAUUACAAGCUGGUUAUAACAAGUAGGUUCUGGACCGAGUAAGGUUUGAGACAAAACUAGAACUUUCAAGUAUUUCCCAUUGUGAGUUAAGUGGGGGUUUCCAGCCUUAGCUUCACUUGGGAAAAGACUGACCACCCUCACCAAAAGCAGGUUAUAUUUUUCCAGAUUUUUGAACACGAGUUUUGAGAUGAAUAUACAGUGAAAAAAAAGGGGCGUUAAAGGUCACAAACAUGUAUUUAAAGAAAAUCAAAAACAGCAUCAUAUAAUACUAAAAUAACACCAUAUUGAAAAUGUGUUGCCAGAAACUAGUGUUAAUUUUACACACUAUGUUAUGAACGGUAAAUGUUUUUUUUUUUAUCUUUGUGACCAUACUGGGUUCAAUUUUACUUCCCCAGUUUGUGCAGUUUGUUUUUGUCAUCGGGCUGUAAGAUUCCAUUUAUUUGCAUUUUUACUUGGUGGUCGUAUUUAGUAGCAUGCUGAAAGGGGCUGGUAUGAGCAAAACGUUCGACUAAACAUCCCUCUUACCCGACUCUGAUGUUAAAACAUAGAUAGCAUUCAUCGUGCCUGUAGAUGUAACAAUGUAUUAUGUCUUUAGAACCCUAUGUCGCCCUAAGAAACUGCUUAUGAUCAAGGGUGUUGUCACAUUAUUAUACAUACAAUCAAAAUUAACACCAUAUGGUGUUUAAAUAACACCAAUGUAAUUGUGGUUGGAGAGUUUGGUGUUAUUUUAAAACCCAAUCAGUUUGUUUCUCUUGUUGGAUAUGUGACAACACGAACGGUAACAAUUUUAACACAACGACUACUACAAGUGUAAUAAAGAAUAAUUGGGAGUAAACUUAAACUUUUAAAAGAAUGUGUUGUAAUUGUCAGCUGAUGCUAAUUGUGUGACGUAUGUAUACGAGCAAUGUCGUGAGGCAAACGAUUCAUUUACGGAGGCUCAUAGAAGACAAGGUCAAUUUUUUUUUGAAACUUAAGUAAAAUU